AUGUAUGGAGGACGUGCAAGACGUCGUCGACAACUAGGCGAUCAGAAUCAAGGAUGGGCUAAUACGAAUAAUCGUUAUCCAUAUUCGAAUCAAAAUUAUGGUAAUUCGAAUUAUGGACAAUAUGGAAAUUAUCCAUAUGGAGGAAGUUAUGGUCAAAACAGUAAUUACGGUAAUCCAAAUAACAAUAACUAUGGUGCGGGAUAUUAUAAUGGAUACCGACUCAAUGGUACAGAACAUCUGAGAUCUAACAUGUUUCUAAUUUACAUUUUAUGUUUUAUUCCGCUAUUCUUGUUGAAAGUUUAA